UGGCGUCAUGCGUGACGUCAUGUUGCAAGAACGCGCAAGAGUGAUUCUUGGAAGACGUGCUUUUCGCAAGCUUCCAGGAAUUGUUCGUCCACAGAUGCACAAACGUCCCUCCCCACGCCAGUCUCAGGGAGGGAACCGCCUUCCACACCAAGCCAUCAUAGCCAUCAUGUGUGGGCGACGACAACGACGACGAUGAUGGAAGUGUAAAAACGCGAGCACGCUCGUUUCGCAGUAACCUCAACACCUCAUCCAUUUACUCUCACUCGACAAGAACCACAGACACGUUCUUAUCGCCCACACAUACCCACGAUGACAACACACACCCCAGACAGGAAGGCGGCCACCAGCUAUCACCACAACAUCACCACAAACGAGUACGUGGUUCACCUGGCAGGCGACCUCGACGCCAUCACCUCAGACCUUCGCCAAGCCUUUCGCACCUUGGGAGCGCCCGUGCCCACGCACGAGAUUGUGAAGAUGGCACAGUUGCUGCUCGCCGCCACGAGCGGGCCCAACCGCACGUACCACUCCACGCAGCAUGUCUACGACACGGCGCGUCUUGACGAGGAGCGGGACGUCGUGACGUUCCUGGCGGCCCUGUUUCAGGACAUUGUGUACUUGCAGCUGGACGAGUGCAUCGCGCCCUUUCUCCUGCCCAUCUUGCGCCGCUCGCGUCUCUUUUCCCUGCCCCUCGACAGCGUCACCCACAGUGCAUCAACGGGACGAAGGCCGUCCGACAAGAAGGAGCUGAAUGCCGAGGGCCUCACUACGCCCGAUGACGCCAGCAGCAGCGCAGCAUCCACAUCAAGCAACCAUCAAGGCACACUCCUGACAGAUGACGAGCUCGUGCAGUACAUCGAAGACUCGCCAUGCCUCGUUGGAUCGACGAGCAAGGCGCUGACCCAUCGGUCGGGCGAGCUCAGCCAUCCAAGCCACAUUGUGCUGAUGGCUGGCAAGGACCUGGCGGACUCCUGGGGGUUUGUGACGGCCGUGAGCAACAACGACGACGACGACAAGCGGGCCAAGACGGCAAAGUGCAACGCCAACCGUGACUGUGAGUUGGGCCUAGAACAGGUUUGCUCGGGCGAGGACACGGCAAAGACACAGGACAGCAGAUGCAGCAGCAACAGCAAAUACAGCAGCAACAGCAACAGCAGCAGCAGCAGCAGCAGUGAGAACAGCAGCAGCAGCUACAGCAACAGCAGCAGCAAGUACAAGAUUGACGGCAGGAGGAGCAACGGUACGAGCAUCGACAAUGGCAACAACGCCAUCCCUCGGCACAAGUGCCGUCGCACACUUGUUCCCGUGUCGGCUGCGGAGCAAGAUCUGAUCAGCAGGCGGCUGGCCGCCAUUGACACGUGGUGGAUGACGAGGAAGCCCUGCGCACGCAAGAGCGGGGGGCACGGUGGUGAAGUUGAGGAUGCGGAGGCGGAGCAGGAGGCGUGCGUGCUGAGCGAGAGUUCGGUGGCCGCGCGUCGCAUGCUCGGACAGCAGCUGUGCUACCGCGUGUUUGGGUUUGUGCCCGGCGAGGUGCUUCCCUUUGAUAUUGGGACGCGAGGGAUGAACGAGUUUCUGAGCUGCGUGGUGGCGAUGGACAUGCUCGCGCCCUGGCUGGACGACGUGCAGCUGCUGCACGUGUGCGCGUGCAUCAAGGCGACGGUUCACUUUGGCGGCCGCAGCAGCAUCACCACCUUGUAUGAGCGGUGUGCGGAGGCGAUGAGCACCGACCUCCAGCUGGACGUGCUGUGGACGUCGCGUGACAUCCACGAGAGCACGAGGUACAUCGUCGAGUGCGCCUGCAACGUGGCGGCAAGGGACGUGAGCAACAUGGCUGCCCGCGACACCCGCGUGUUCCUGGCCAACACCUGGCGGCUGUUGCCGGAGCAGCAUGCACAACUUCGCUCCCGCAUGACGUUCACGCUGACGGAGUGGAUGGGGGCCAUGCUGCACCAGCUCACCUUCUUCCAGCACCUCGAGACGAAGCCCUUCCUCAUCUUUCCUCGCUUUGCGCAGUGCAGGAGUCGCGAGGAGCAGCAGCGGCUGGAGGAAAGCGCAGUGCGCAACCUUCGCCGCGGGGCUGCGUACGUGGCGUGCCGGCUCGUCACCGCCAGCAUCAUGCACGCCGUGCUUGCGCGCGGGCACCUUGCCAAGGACAGCACGCCGCUGUUUGCCUUCCUCCCCAAUGGCAUGGGUGGUCCCGUGCCAGCAGAGCUGAUGGACCUGCACGACCGUGAAGGAGACGAAGAAGAAGAAGAAGAGCAGCACGGCCACGACACGUUCGGCUUGGGCACCACGCCACCACCAUCCAGACCCUCCUCACGGAGACAGCACGUGGCGCGAGGCUUUGACUGUGUGGAUGACGAUGGCUGCACCCCGUGGCACGAGUACACGGAGGCGCUGCUCAUGCACGGGUUUGAUGACCUCGGCGGAGCAGAUUGUGAUGUGAGCGCGUGCGAGGCGUCGCUGAUGGUGUUUCGGAGCAUCUUGAGGGAGUGUGAUGGUGGUGGUGACACACGCGAGGUUAAGGGUGGGCGACGUGACGCUGGUGCUGCUGCUGGUGCUGGCUUUGAUGGCUCGAGCGACAACAAAGCUUGCUUUGCUCAAUGUGUUCGGGCGAGCGUCGCUUAUUACGAGGGGAAGCUGGACCUCUACGCCUUCUUGAGGCAGAUGCCAAGAUCGGCGGUGGAUGCCAUGACCCUCUUUGUCUGUGGCGUGUGCUCGUAUUUUCGAAAGCGCGCCCACGAUCCCGUCAUUUCCGAGCUGCUGCAACGACCAGCCGUGUCAGCGUGCGGCAAAGAGGAUGCCAUUGGUGUGACGUUGAAGUGCCACGUACACUGUGCAAGCCGCAACCUCGCCACCGUGCUUCACACGCCCGAGAAGUCCCUGUCUGGUCUGUCGUUGCGCCGGUUGGUCGCCGUGGAGGCCGCUCUCAGCGAACACAAGACGCCAGCAACAUCUGCUGUGUCCCUGCUCUGUCUCCGCUCCCUUGCCUCUUUCGAACACACGUCCAUAUUCUCCCAGGCCGCAAAGUUUAGAGCCGACCCACACUCCCCCACGCGCCUCCCAACUCCCAUGUGUCUCGCGUUUGCACCGGCACUCGCUCCCGGCAAGUUAAAGAUCAGGCGCGUGUAUGUGCGCUGUCCACGCCUCUUCCCCGCGUUAAAAGCGCAUCGAACCCUCGCGGAACUGGAGCGGCACCUGCGGCAACACAUCACGCGCAGCAAGACGGGUGCACUCACUGCGAAUUACACGGACAGCGGCCACCUCGCGCCAACCUUCGACAAGCUCGACCAAGCGCUGGAUGCUGUGCGGGAGGCGAGCAAAGCGGCGGGCCUGACGCUCGGCACAGACGUGUUCAUGGUGCUGGAUAUUGGGGCACAUGUGUUGUUUGAGCACAACAAGGGCAAAUAUGAGAUCACGCAGGGCGGGCUUAAGACACCGCAGGACUGGUGCGAUGAGCUGCUGUCGAUUGUUCACAAUGAGAACAACGGCAUCGCGAUGGUCAUCGACCCCUUCAGGCCGCAGGAUGAGAUGUGGAAAACGUUUGCCGAGGGCGUGAAGGAUUCGCACGUGGACAUUUGUUCCGCCGUUGGCGAUGACUUGGACGUUUCAGAUGAUGCGUGCUCCAAUGCAUUGACGGCUCGCGUGUACACACCCCCACCAACACACCCCAUCUCUGUACACAUGGAAACAGUGGGUGCGUGGUCGAUGCAAAACCUCAACGCUGUGCUGGCACACGACACCCCGGCCCUCGACAACGACAACCCAGACACUGUCGACAUCGCUGCGGCGAUGCGAGCGCCGUUCAUGACGUGUCUGCUGCCAUCGCGCCACCCGCGCACACACGACCGCCUCCUGGCCCUCGAGCGCGAGCUCAAGGAUAUGGGCGUGUGGGCGCCUGCAUCGCGCAUCAACGCUUCGGCAGACAGGCGGUUAUCGGCACGCCCCAACACGACCAGCUCUGAUGGCGACGGUGAUGGCAGUGACAAGACGAGACUGCCAACACUGGCCGAUGGCGAUGAAGGUGAUGGUGGUGACGAUGGCGCACCACCAGCUGCCGUCAGACCAAAACCCAAGCGCCACUGA